CCACAGGGUACUGGAGUUGUCUGCCUUACCACGUGUUGGUCCAUGUGUUCAGUUACCUAGCCAACAACGGCGACAAGUACCACGCCGCUCUGACAUGCAAGGCCUGGCUCCGUCCCAUGUCCGAGCCGUCGUUAUUCCACACUGGGCACUUCCGGUUCAACGCCAAGGACUAUAGAAGGGCGAUCACUUUUGCCAGAGUCAAGGGGAAGUCACUACGUCACAUCAAAGCCGAUUGUACAGAGCCCCGCUAUGGGUUGGUACAAUGUAAGAGCUUGGCUGUGUACAAGUUCCUGGCCAACCUGCUCAACUCUGGCAACCAUCGACUGCUCACGCUGAAGCUGACCAACCUGAAAUGGUUGAGAGAAUCCACCGUCCAUCCCAGGUCUGACGUCAUCAAACUGCUCGCCACGCUCCUAGAACACCAGCAACAGCUGCGUGUCGUGGAUCUAAGUAAUGCCCGUCUUAGGGUCAAACAAGGCCGUCUCAUACUGAAGGCACUGAGCAAACACUGCUCUGAGACCGUCCACACCCUGAACAUCGAUGCUCUCAUCUCCUUCAAGGUCCCACAGGACCCACAAGAUGGCAGAUACUUUGCCAGAUUUAUCUCGGCCAUGUGCAGUUUCAGGAACCUGUCAGACCUGAGGCUGCCCCUUGGCUAUCUACAAGACAACGUUCUGCAGUCUCUGGCCGCUGCUGCCAAGAACAGUCUGGAAUUCCUGACCAUCCGAUGCCACUACAAACCCCGUGCGGUCAGCCGUAUCAACCCGUCAGCAUGGCUUACCUUGACGUCCGCGUGUCCGAACCUCAAAGUUCGAUUCUCCCUGAGGCCUAAAGAGGAUUCUUAUUUCGAUCUGGUACCGUGCAACCUCCUGAUUCCGGCCAUUCCACUGGACACGUUUAACUGGACGUGUGGAAGUUUAAUCUCGCUGGACAACUUACAGCAGUGCUUUGAACACCUGGCGCACAACUUUCAGAACACACUACGUCACAUCAGCCUGAAAGCAGGAGUUCGUCUGGAUGCCGAAAGGAUCAGAGACCUAAUGGAGAGUAUACACGAGUGCAGCCAGUUGGAGACGCUGUCUAUCCGUUUAAAAUGUGAUCUGAGCGGGGAUGACGAGUUCUACAAGACUGCCAUCCAAGAUGCUGUCGAUGAGCACCGUAUGACGUGUGCUGUUAAAUUCAACGGUCACGACGUCGGGAGUCUGAACGAUAUGUCGUUUAUGGAAUAGUUUGUGGAUUAUGUGGCACGUGAUGGGUAAUUGAUAGUCACGUGACAGUGGAUAGUUGGUGGAUUAUGUGUACAUAUAGUGGAUAGUUGGUGGAUUAUGUGUACAUAUAGUGGAUAGUUGGUGGAUUAUGUGUACAUAUAGUGGAUAGUUGGUGGAUUAUGUGUACAGAUAGUGGAUAGUUGGUGGAUUAUGUGUACAGAUAGUGGAUAGUUUGUGGAUUAUGUGUACAGAUAGUGUAUUGUUGUGAAAAAGUGUACACCAACAUCUGCUAGUUUGAGACGAACGUGGAAGUUUCAGACAUUGCAUGGUAGACAUGAACCGGAAGUAGCUAGUUCUGGCUAUAGUAACAUCAUAAUUAAAACAAUGUUUA